GAUGCUGUUCUCCUUCAUGCGCAUUUUCCUCGGCUUCAACAGAAAUAGCUGAAUGCUUCUGAACAUUUUAAUGGAUUUCUAAUUGCCUGACUAAAAGCUGAGUGUGCUGGCGAAGAACUGGGAACACUGUGAGGAAAUGGAUGGAUAAAUCUUAACUGCAGUGACAUGUUUGGAUAAACGCUGUAGUAUCGGAGUACCUCAACUCCAGCCUUUUACACAAAGUCAGCUGCUUCCACCAAAAAAAGUUCAUUGUUGUUGUGAUACUGGAGCCUGGAGCUACCGUACCGUUUCAAUGGAAAUCUGCAGAAUAAAAGCCAGAGGAGCAUCAGAGACUCCAACACUUUGCCACAUCCAGAAGGAAGCUCUUGCACCAUCAUCACCAUGGACUUGCUCUGUGUUUUUCUCACGCUUUGCUCCGUUCUGUCGCUGAGCCGAGCCGUACCAAUUAACUCGACCCUCACCAAGAGCAUGGGGGGUCUCUGCGACUACAAGCGCCUGCACUGCAUGAUCUUCCCCGGAGCGUACUGCCCUCAGUGCGACGUUGACGGGAACUUCCUCCCACAGCAGUGCUCCGGCUCGACUGGAUUCUGCUGGUGCGUCGACAUAAUCACCGGAGAGGAGAUCCCCAACACAAAGACCCCGACUGGGGUCAGUCCGAUUGACUGCGCAACUGACAUGCACUGCCCGUUUGGCUGGAGCAGUUUCGGUUAUCGGUGUUUCCUGUUUAUCGAGACCCCAAAGACAUGGCCUGAAGCUGAGUUUUACUGUCAGUUUGAAGGGGCCAAUCUGGCGUCGGUCCACAGUUACGAGGAGAAUCACUUCAUCCAGACUUUGACCAGAGGAGACACCCACAACUUCCCAGAAACAUGGAUUGGAGGCACCGAUGCCAUACAUCCUGAUUUGUGGAUGUGGUCCGACGGCUCCAAGUUCUACUAUGAGAACUGGUUUGAUGACGACCACAACAAGGAGGACAAGCGCUGCCUGAAGAUGAACUAUUUUUAUACCCUGAAGUGGUCCACUGGCCCCUGCAACCAGAGUCUGCCUUUUGUUUGUUCCAAGGACAACUGAACACAUCUCCAUGAAUAGAACCUGAACAAAAUAACCCGACCCAUGUUACCAACUGUGGACCUACACACGCAGUAGCGGUCCUGCAAAAAAUGUUUUUUUUUAUGUGAUCAAAAUUCAUUAUUAAUCAAAGAGUUGUCGUUUUUACCACAUGUUGAUAGUUUCUUUCUGCAUGUAAAAGUCUAAUAAAAACAAAGGAAUAAAACCAA